UAGUCCCAGUGAUUUAUAAGUGUCCAGGAGCCACUGCUCAUGUAUCGCAGAAGAAAAAGAAGAAUAUCAGCAGAAAAAUGUAAGCAGAAAUGAGAGCAAGCAGAAAAGCAUCUGCACUCUGCACUGUGAGAAAGCAGGCAGCAGAAGAAGAUAAGAGGAGAUAAGAGGAAACAGAACAUGUUAUUAGCAGAGGAGAGCUGGUGAGUCCGUCAUAGUUGGACAGAUGGUCUACCUAGUCAUGGAUCACCUGCUGAUGGUGUUGGUGUUGCUGUGGAGCUCAGGACUCCAGGCUGAAGAUAAACACCAAUCAAUGGGUUUUCAGUGUGAGAGCACAGUCAAGGCUGACAUCAUGCUGUUGGUCGAGAUCUACGAGAGCACUGGCCUUGAAGACUAUAGAAACAUUAAAUCCUUUUUAACUCAAAUAGUUAGCAUCUUCGACAUCGGCCCUGACAAAGUCCAGAUAGGUCUGUAUCAGUACAACUCCGACUCAACAAUUGACUGGCACCUGAACACCCACCUGACCAAACAAUCCCUGCUGAAGGCCAUAGACAACCUGCAACAGAGAGAAAGUCGCUCCAUCUUAGGAAGAACUCUGAACCUCGUCCUGAAUUACAACUUUAAAUCCGAAUUUGGGAUGCGUGCAGAAUCCCAAAAGAUUGGUAUCCUGAUUAGUGAUGCAGACGCCAAGGAUUUAUUUCAGGAUUCACAGGUCCCGAGAGACUCCAGCAUUGAGGUCUACACUAUUGGUGUGAAGAAUGUAAAUGAGACUCAGCUGAGGGCCAUCGCCUCAGAUCCCCAUGAAAUUCACAUGUACAGUGUCAGCGACUUGUCGUUCCUUCUGGACAUUGUUGACAACCUCACCAUCAACCUCUGUAACAGUGCCUCAGUCCCUGUCAGAUUGGUGAGUGGGACUAGUCUGUGUUCAGGCAGACUGGAGGUGAAGUCUGAGCAGUCGUGGUUCUCAAUGUGUGAAGCUGAUUUUGACCAGCAGGAUGCACAGGUGGCCUGUAGGGAGCUUGGUUGUGGGCCUCCUUCAGUCCUCCAGGGGCUGCUCUAUGAAGAAGUGAUCGAGGCCCCAAUGUGGACCAAAGAGUUGCGGUGUGGAGGCCAUGAGUCAUCUCUCCUGCACUGUGGAAGAUCAGACUCAGUUAGAAGCACCUGCUCAUCCGGCAAAGCUGUUGGACUCACUUGCUUAGUGCAUGUUAGGUUGGUGGGAGGAGCCAGGCGCUGUGCAGGUACACUGGAGGUGAAACAGGGAGAGUGGAGACCAGUGAGCACCUCUUUCUCGAUCUUGAAGGAUGCAACUGUAGCCUGUACAGCUCUCGACUGUGGCUCUGCUGUUUCAGUGGGAAAUAGAAAAGAGCCCUCAGACAGAUCUGUAUGGAUCAUCAGUAGUGAGUGUGCUCAUUCUGGAUCUGCACUGUGGGACUGUGCAACAUCAUCGCUGUCUUCUUCCAUCGUGGAACUCACCUGCUCAGAAUCUGUCAGGCUGGUGAGUGGGACUAGUCUGUGUUCAGGCAGACUGGAGGUGAAGUCUGAGCAGUCGUGGUUCACAGUGUGUGAAGCUGACUUUGACCAGCAGGAUGCAGAGGUUGUCUGUCGGGAGCUUGGCUGUGGGCCUCCUUCAGUCCUCCAGGGGCCCCUGUAUGUAGAAGUGAAGGGUCCAAUGUGGGCCAAAGAGUUCCAGUGUGGGGGCCAUGAGUCAUCUCUCCUGGACUGUGGAAGAUCAGACUCAGCUAGAAGGACCUGCUCACCUGGCAAAGCUGUUGGACUCACCUGCUCAGAGCCUUUCAGAUUGGUGGGAAGAGCCAGUCGUUGUGCAGGUACACUGGAGUUGAAACAAAUAGUGGAGAAUAGUGGAGUAGAGUGGAAACCAGUGAGUGAGUACUUCUGGACCCUGAAGGAAGCAGCUGUAGUCUGCAGAGCUCUGAACUGUGGCCCUGCUGUUUCAGUAGGAGGGAGAAAGGAGCCCUCAGACAAAGCUGCAUUUAUCAUCAUUCCUAACUGUGUUGAGUCUGGAUCUGCACUGAGAGAUUGUACAUAUUUAUCAUCAUUUUCCUCCGUCGUGGAGAUCACAUGCUCAGACCCUGUCAGGCUGGUGAUUGGGACUAGUCUGUGUUCAGGCAGACUGGAGGUGAAGUCUGAGCAGUCGUGGUUCUCAGUGUGUGAAGCUGACUUUGACCAGCAGGAUGCAAAGGUGGUCUGUAGGGAGCUUGGCUGUGGGACUCCUUCAGUCCUCCAGGGGGUGCUCUAUGAGGAGGUGGAGGCUCCAAUGUGGACCAAAGAGUUCCAGUGUAGAGGCCAUGAGUCAUCUCUCCUGAACUGUGGAAGAUCAGAUUCAGCUAGAAGCACCUGCUCAUCUGGCAAAGCUGUUGGACUCACCUGCUCAGAGCCUGUCAGGUUGGUGGGAGGAGCCAGUAGCUGUGCAGGUACACUGGAAGUGAAAAAAGUAGAGUGGAGACCAGUGAGUGAGUUCUUCUGGACCCUGAAGAGAGCAGCUGUAGUCUGCAGAGCUCUGAAUUGUGGCUCUGCUGUUUCAACGGGAGAGAGAAAGGAGCCCUCAGGAAUAUCUAAAUGGCUCAUCCCACCUGAAUGUGUUGAGUCUGCAUCUGGACUGAGUGACUGUGCAUCAUCAUCGUCGUUUCCGUCCUCCAUCUUGGAGAUCACAUGCUCAGAAUCUGUCAGGCUGGUGAGUGGGACUAGUUUGUGUUCAGGCAGACUGGAGGUGAAGUCUGAGCAGUCGUGGUUCUCAGUGUGUGAAGCUGACUUUGACCAGUGGGAUGCAGAGGUUGUCUGUCGGGAACUCAACUGUGGGACUCCUUCAGUCCUCCAGGGGGUGCUCUAUGAAGAAGCGGAGGCUCCAAUGUGGACCAAAGAGUUCCAGUGUAGAGGCCAUGAGUCAUCUCUCCUGGACUGUGGAAUAUCAGACUCAGCUAGAAGGACCUGUUCACCUAGCAAAGCUGUUAGACUCACUUGCUCAGAGCCUGUCAGGUUGAUGGGAGGAGCCAGUCGCUGUGCAGGUACACUGGAGGUGAAACAAGUAGUGUGGAGACCAGUGAGCAGCGAUCAAUGGACCCUGAAGGAAGCAACUCUAGCCUGUAGAGCUCUAGACUGUGGCUCUGCUGUUUCAACAGGAAGUAGAAAUAAUACCUCAGGCAGAUAUAUUUGGCUGAUCAAACCUGAGUGUGUUCAGUCUGGAUCUGCACUGAGGGACUGUGCAACAUUAAAGUUUGCUUCCUCCAUCAUCAUGGAGCUCACCUGCUCAGAUCUCCUGGUUCAGCCAAUCAUCUCUCUGUCUUCUACCAUGGGUGGGGUCUCUGACGCCAAGCAGCAGGGGUUUUGGGUGCACCAGGGUUCCAACUUCACCAUAAGCUGCUCCAUCCAACCUCAGUACCUAGGAGGAUCCUUCCAGCUCACCUUCACCUCCUCCGACACGACACACAACUACACCCAGCUAGCUGUCAAUCACUUUGCUGACUUCCUGUUUACUGCUGCAGACCCCACCCACCAAGGAAACUACAGCUGUGUUUAUAACAUCUAUGUUUUUUCUCAUAACUUCUCCUCUGAGAGCCGUGUGCUCUUUCUCACUGUCCAAGAUCCAACAGACCACAUAAUCAGACUGGUUGUCCUGCUAGUGACUCUGCCUUUGGUCGUCACUGCCAUCUUUUUCAUCUUCAAGGCCAACAGGGGGCAGAAGUCGGGCCCACAGGAGAACAUUGAACUGGAUUCUUAUAACCUUGGUGUUCCCAGAGCUGAAGGAGAGCCAGUUGAAGAGGAAAGAGCCCAGGGAGCAGAGUUGGACCCCCAAGGGGCCACACAAACCCACUGAUGAAGAAAAUCAUCUUUGGUUUCAUCUCUCCUCUCAGUCUGAGUCAGGUUUUUGCGACACAGUAUGGCGAGGAAUGAUGUCACUCACUGCCAAAAUAAUAGUGAAGUAGUGAGACCUUUCUUAAGACCACUAAAAGAAGAGCAGAGAGGAGAUCUGAUUGGACCAUUUGUAACAUAAUUAUCUGUAUAUAGUUAUAUUUUGUCAUCAUUAACCUCUCUCAGGUGAACAGCUGUAACUUUUUUUUACCUAAAGAUUUUCGUGAAUCCAGAGUCUGGAGUUUGGAGUCUUAUGGUCUCAUCUGGAUAAAUGUUGAGUCAAGAAAUCAUUUAAAAAUCCACCCAGUUGUUUGAUAGAGUUUAUAUCUUUUUUAUUCACUGCACUGACUUUUACAUUCUGUACUAUAUACCAGAGAUGUUUAAAGUGGGAGGUGGGCCUCCCCCGGGGGGCUCCAGUUUCAAGGGAGGCUCACUGAAUGGAAGUGAAAAAAAAAUUACACUAGUUAUUACAUUAGUUAUCAAAAGGAGAUCACAUAAAAUAGCCUAAAUGUGUGUGAUUUGGUUAAAGAGAUAGUUCAGAGAUACAGUAGUUUUGGGGAAUGUUAUUGUCUUUCCCACUUUUGUAGUCAGAAACAAAUAAAUGCCUUCAGACCAUUUUUAUGUAUUUUGUAUAGUCUGAAGUAUGUCAAACAGCAAUAUCAGGCUAUCUUGGCUCAAUUGUUGAGUGUCUAUGGGAUCAAAUAACAUAAUCAUGAUCCCAUAGGUAUCCAGGAAUUGAGUGAAACUAAGCAAGUAAACUGAGUGGGUGCCUUUUUCCCAUUUUCCCACUUUUUUUUGUCUGAGGGGAGGCCCACAGUUGAAAACCCCUGUUAUAUAUUACUUAUUCAGCUGAAAUGUGUUAUUGCUCUUUUCAAAAUAUUUGCUUUUUGAGUGAAAGAAACUGAAUAAAAGAAAAAGUUAUCAAGUGAAAUCAAAUGUUUUGCUAAUGCUUUGUUAUGCUGUUUUCAAGAAAAAAUGUGAUGUUUUACAGAAUUUUUAUUUUGUUUUUAUUAUUGUAUUUAUAUAUAUGUAUAUUAGUUUGCCAUCACUUUUAUGUAGUCAUAAUAUUUUCUGUAACAUUGUGAAAUUUUAACUUUUUUGGGGGGAGGCUUCAAAUAAGCCCACUGGGUUUUCUGCCUCUCCCUGCACUGUA